AUGUCAUCCAAGCCCGUCAUCGUGUUCGUGCCUGGCGCUUGGCAUGUCCCUGAGACAUUCUACCUCGUGGUUGGCGAGCUCGAGGCCGCCGGCUAUGAGACCAGGGGAGUCAAACUCGCCUCCGUCGGCUCGCCCGAGCCGCUCAAAGACUUUCAGCCUGACGUGGAGGCCAUCCAACAAGUGUUGAGGCCAGUUAUCGAGGACGAGGGGAAAGAAGUCUUGCUUGUCGUCCACUCCUACGGGGGUGUCGUGGGAAACGAAGCCGUGAAAGGCCUGGACAAAGCCUCACGCGAAAAGGAGGGCAAGAAGGGAGGCGUGUCGCACAUCUACUUUUGCUGCGCCUUCGCCCUGCCUGAAGGGGUGUCCCUGAUGGACGCGCUCAACCAGACCCCCCUGCCGUGGUUUCGGAUCAAUGACUCUGAAGACAUUGUCAACCCCGCCACGCCGAUCGACACAUUCUACAACGACGUCGACGGCCCGGAGAAAUACGUGGCAAUGCUGAAGCCGCACAGCUACCGCACCUUCUUUUCAAAGGUGACGCAGCCAGGCUGGAAGUUUGUGCCGAGCACAUAUCUGCUGUGUGAAAGGGACGAGGCCAUCCCGAUUCAUGCUCAGAAGGGGAUGGUGGAGGGAGCCCAACAGGCUGGGGCGCAGAUGAGGGUCGAAACCGUCGACGCCAGUCAUUCGCCGUUCUUGAGCAUGCCGCAGGAGAUGGCGAGGUCAAUUAGGCGCGCGGCGGGUGAGGCUGUGUAG